CAAAAAAGAGAAUUUUUUGUUUUUAUCAAAAUUUGAGCAAUCGGCAAAGACAAGAAAAAACGAAAUUAUGACAUCCAUAGGAAUUAUGACACUGAGCCGUGGCCCGUACAGCGAGCUCGAUAAAAUGAGCCUUUUUCAAGACCUCAAACUCAAACGGCGUAAAAUCGAUUCGCGAUGCAGCAGUGACGGCGAGUCCAUUGCGGACACGUCCACCUCAUCACCGGAUCUGCUGGCGCCCAUGUCGCCGAAGCUCUGCGACAGCGGUUCGGCAGGGGCGGCGUCGGCAGGGGCGUCGUCCCUGCCCCUACCGCUGGCCCUGCCCCUGCCCAUGGCCCUGCCCCUGCCCCUGCCCAUGUCGCUGCCCCUGCCCCUAACGGCGGCAUCGUCGUCGGUCACAGUUUCGCUGGCAGCGGUCGUGGCGGCGGUGGCCGAAACGGGUGGAGGCGGAGGAGGAGCUGGCGGUACAGCAGUCACAGCCUCGGUAGCGGGACCCUGCGUCUCCACAUCGUCAACGACGGCGGCAGCGGCCACAUCCUCGACCUCCUCGCUAUCGUCCUCCUCCUCCUUGUCAUCGUCCUCCUCCACAUCAUCCAGCACCUCCUCCACCUCGCCGACGGCUGGUGCCUCCUCCACCUCGGCCACCUGCCCCGCCAGCAGCAGCAGCAGCAGCAGCACUGGUGACAGCGGAGGAGGAAAGACUGGCAACAUCAAGCAGGAGCACAACACGGAGAUCCACUCGUCGAGCAGUGCGAUCUCGGCGGCCGCCGCCUCUACGGUAAUGUCACCGCCGCCCGCUGAGCCGGCGAGAUCCAGUCCAGCCACGCCCGAUGUGGGCGGACCAGCUAGCGCCGCAGGAGGAGGAGGAGCAACAGUCGGCGGCGGUGGAGGAGGAGGAGGAUCCGCAAGUGGUGGAGCAACGUCCGGAGUGGCAAUCAAUGAACACCAAAACAAUGGCAAUGGCAGCGGUGGAAGCAGUCGAGCCUCGCCCGAUUCGCUGGAGGAGAAGCCCUCGACCACGACGCAAACGGGUCGUCCAACGGUCACGCCCACAAAUGGAGUGCUGUCCUCCGCCACGCCGGGCACGGGAAUGGCCGGGAUAACGGGUAGCAGCGCCAAGCUGAGCGAGGCGGGCAUGAGUGUAAUCCGCUCCGUCAAGGAGGAGCGUUUGCUCAGCGUGUCCAGCAAGAUGCUGGCAUUCCAUCAGCAGCGGGAGCAGGAGACUAAGGCAGCGGCGGCAGCAGCAGCAGCAGCAGCAGCAGCGGCGGCGGGUCAUGUGACGGUUCUAGUGACGCCAUCGCGGAUCAAAUCGGAGCCACCACCGCCGGCCUCACCCUCCUCCACAUCCAGUACACAAAGGGAACGAGAAAGGGAGCGUGAGCGUGAACGAGAACGGGAAAGAGAUCGGGAACGGGAACGGGAAAGGGAUCGGGAGCGGGAUCGAGAGCGAGAACAGUCCAUCAGCUCCUCACAGCAGCACCUGAGCCGGGUCUCCGCCAGUCCACCCACUCAGCUUUCCCACAGCAGUUUGGGACCCACCAUCGUCCAGACGCACCAUCUCCACCAGCAACUCACCCAGCCGCUGACGCUGCGCAAGAGCAGCCCUCCCACGGAGCACCUGCUCAGCCAGUCGAUGCAGCAUCUCACCCAGCAGCAGGCCAUCCAUCUGCACCACUUGCUUGGCCAGCAGCAGCAGCAGCAGCAGGCGUCGCAUCCCCAGCAGCAGCAACAGCAACAGCAGCAGCAGCAACACUCGCCCCACUCCUUGGUGCGGGUGAAGAAGGAGCCGAAUGUCGGCCAGCGACACCUGUCGCCGCACCACCAGCAACAGUCGCCGCACCUGCAACACCACCAGCAGCAACAGCAGCAGCAGCAGCAACAUCUACACCAGCAACAACAGCAACAGCAGCAGCAGCAGCAACAUCACCAGCAGCAACCACAGGCUCUGGCCCUGAUGCAUCCCGCCUCGCUGGCGCUGAGGAACAGCAAUCGGGACGCGGCCAUUCUGUUCCGGGUGAAGAGCGAGGUGCACCAGCAGGUGGCCGCCGGACUGCCCCAUCUGAUGCAAUCCGCUGGCGGGGCAGCGGCAGCUGCAGCAGCCGCAGUGGCCGCCCAGCGGAUGGUCUGCUUCAGCAAUGCCCGUAUUAAUGGUGUGAAGCCGGAGGUGAUUGGCGGACCGCUGGGCAACUUGCGGCCCGUGGGCGGCAAUGGAGGUGGCUCCGUGCAAUGCCCCUCGCCGCAUCCCUCCUCCUCGUCGUCAUCCUCGCAACUGUCGCCGCAGACGCCCUCGCAGACGCCGCCCCGCGGCACGCCCACCGUCAUCAUGGGCGAGAGUUGCGGGGUGCGCACCAUGGUAUGGGGCUAUGAGCCACCGCCGCCCUCGGUGGGCCAGUCACAUGGCCAGCAUCCGCAGCAGCAGUCGCCCCAUCACCAGCCACAACAGCAGCAGCAGCAGCAGCAACAGCAGCAGCAGCAGCAGCAACAGCAGUCACAGCAGCAACAGCAGCAGCAGCAGUCGCUGGGCCAGCAGCAGCACUGCCUGUCCUCGCCAUCGGCCGGUUCCCUAACGCCCUCCUCCUCCGGCGGGGGUUCGGUGUCGGGCGGCGGCGGCGGCGUGGGCGGACCACUGACACCCUCCUCGGUGACGCCGCAGAACAACGAGGAGGCCGCCCAGCUGCUGCUCUCCCUGGGCCAGACGCGCAUCCAGGACAUGAGGGCACGGCCGCAUCCCUUCCGCACCCCGCACGCCCUCAACAUGGAGCGCCUGUGGGCGGGCGACUACUCGCAACUGCCACCCGGCCAGCUGCAGGCCCUCAAUCUCAGCGCCCAGCAGCAGCAGUGGGGCAGCAGCAACUCGACGGGCCUGGGCGGCGUGGGCGGCGGCCUGGGCGGACGGAGCGGACUGGAGGCGCCGCACGAGCCGACCGACGAGGACGAGCAGCCACUGGUGUGCAUGAUCUGCGAGGACAAGGCCACCGGCCUGCACUACGGCAUCAUCACGUGCGAGGGGUGCAAGGGCUUCUUCAAGCGGACGGUGCAGAACCGACGCGUCUACACCUGCGUUGCGGAUGGCACCUGCGAGAUAACCAAAGCACAGCGCAACCGUUGUCAGUAUUGUCGAUUUAAGAAGUGCAUCGAGCAGGGCAUGGUGCUGCAGGCCGUUCGCGAGGAUCGCAUGCCGGGCGGUCGCAACAGCGGCGCCGUCUACAAUCUGUACAAGGUGAAGUACAAGAAGCACAAGAAGACCAACCAGAAGCAGCAGCAGGCCGCCCAGCAGCAACAGCAGCAGGCGGCGCAGCAGCAGCAGCACCAGCAGCAGCAACACCAGCAGCAACAGCACCAGCAACACCAGCAGCAGCAGCAGUUGCACUCGCCGCUGCAUCACCACCAUCACCAGGGUCACCAGGCGCACCACGGGCAGCAGCAGCACCACCCACAGCUGUCGCCGCACCACCUGUUGUCGCCGCAGCAGCAGCAACUUGCCGCCGCCGUGGCAGCAGCCGCCCAGCACCAACAGCAACAGCAGCAGCAGCAGCAGCAACAACAGCAGCAGGCCAAGCUCAUGGGCGGCGGGGUGGAGAUGAAGCCCAUGUUCCUGGGUCCCGUGCUCAAGCCGGAACUGCUCCAGGCACCGCCCAUGCACAGUCCGGCCCAGCAGCAGCAGCAGCAACAGCAACAGCAGGCCUCGCCGCACCUCUCCCUUAGCUCGCCGCACCAGCAACAGCAGCAGGGUCAGCACCAGAACCACCACCAGCAAUCAGGCGGCGGAGGAGGAGGCGGCGGCGGCGGCGGAGGAGGUGGAGGAGGAGCCCAACUGCCACCACAUCUGGUGAACGGCACCAUACUAAAAACGGCCCUGACCAAUCCCAGCGAGAUUGUGCAUCUGCGCCACCGCCUCGACUCGGCGGUCAGCUCGUCCAAGGACAGGCAGAUCUCGUACGAGCACGCCCUGGCCAUGAUCCAGACCCUGAUCGACUGCGAUGCCAUGGAGGACAUUGCCACGCUGCCGCACUUCAGCGAGUUCCUCGAGGACAAGUCGGAGAUUAGCGAGAAGCUGUGCAACAUCGGUGACUCGAUUGUCCACAAGCUGGUGUCGUGGACCAAGAAGCUGCCCUUCUACCUGGAGAUCCCAGUGGAGAUACACACCAAGCUGCUGACGGACAAGUGGCACGAGAUUCUGAUCCUGACCACGGCCGCCUACCAGGCGUUGCACGGCAAGCGGCGUGGCGAGGGUGCGGGAUCGGGUAGCAGGCACAAUUCGCCGGCAUCAACGCCACUGGCCACGCCCACUGGUACGCCGCUGAGCACGCCCAUACCAUCGCCCGCCCAGCCGCUGCACAAGGACGAUCCGGAGUUUGUCAGCGAGGUGAACUCGCAUCUGAGCACACUGCAGACCUGCCUGACUACGCUGAUGGGCCAGCCGAUUGCCAUGGAGCAACUGAAGCUGGACGUUGGCCAUAUGGUGGACAAGAUGACCCAGAUCACGAUCAUGUUCCGGCGCAUCAAGCUGAAGAUGGAGGAGUACGUCUGCCUGAAGGUUUACAUACUGCUGAACAAAGCAGAAGUGGAACUGGAGAGCAUCCAGGAGCGGUACGUCCAGGUGCUGCGCUCCUACCUGCAGAACUCCUCGCCGCAGAAUCCGCAGGCGAGGCUCAGCGAGCUGCUCUCCCACAUACCAGAGAUCCAGGCUGCGGCCAGUCUGCUGCUCGAGAGCAAGAUGUUCUAUGUGCCCUUCGUGCUCAACUCGGCGAGCAUAAGGUAGCAGAUGCUUGAGCACGGCCUGCUGCCCACCGCCAACCACCAGCCGGCGCCGCUGGGACCAGGUCCUGAUCCGGUCCUCCAGGAGCGGCAGCAGCAGCAGCAACAGGAGCGGCGCCGGAGCAGGCAGCAGCAGCAUCAGUUGCUGCGCGACCUGCCCAAGAUCAAGAUCGAGAUCGGGGCCCAGCGGGAAGCGGAUCAGGAACAGCAGGAGCAGCAGGAGGAGCCGGAACAGGGGGAGCAGCUGGAACAGCUGGAGCAGGAGGAGCGGUCCCGAUCCACGUCCAUUUUGAAGACUUCGCUGCUGAGCGGAGCGGCGGCCACGUUGGCCACCCUGACGGCGGCUGCCGAGCAAAUAGCCCGCUCCUCGGCCAGCAGCGACACUGCCAGGGACUAUUCCCACAGCAGCAGCAACAGCAGCAGCAGCAACAGCAUCUGCAACAGCGGCAGGACGGGCAGCAGCAGCAAGAACAGUUUAGAAGAGAGCAAAAGACUUGAGCAUCAACAACAACAACAACAGCAACCACAACAGCAUCAGCAGCAACAACAACAACAAUAUACAUCAAUACUACACACGGCCUUAAUGUCACAGCGUUCCAUGCCAGCAGCAACAUCGGCUACAGCAGCAACAACAACGACGGCGACGACAUCAGCAACCACAUCGCCCACGCCUGCGCAUGUACUGAAAACAGCGGUGACCUUAGCCAGUCUAAGUGAAAUAGCCACUGCACGCCAGAAGCAGCAGCAACAGCAGCAGCAGCAGCAACUACUGGCGUUGCAGCAGCAGCAACAGCAACAGAAACUGCCCAGAAGGAUAAUCAACUUUGGCAGCAACUAUGCUGCCAACACUGCCACCAAAGGAUUGGGAGCGGGAGCAGGAGCAGCAGAAGGAGUGGGCAUGGCCACAGCAACAGCAGCAGCAGCAGCAGCAGCAGCAACGGCAACAGCAACACUUGGACGCAAUCGCCAACUGGGCCUGAGUCAGGGCCAAGUGGCGAAUGCGAGGACAGCGCGUCUGCUCAACGGCAACUGUUGCGGCCGACUGUUGCAGGCGACAGCAGCAACAGCAGCCAGUAGGGGCACCAAUACGGGUGCUGCCGGCAGCAACACGGUUAAUAUGGAGACCCAGACUAGCGAUGAGUUGCUGCCGCUGCUAGCCAUGCCCCCACAAGCAGCUCCCACAACAACAACAUCAUCAUCAACAACAACAACAGCAGCAGCAGCAGCAUCAUUAUCAUUAUCAGCCACAUCAACAUCAUCAUCAUCCUCAUCAUCACUAUCAACGAUUUCAUUAGCAACACGUGCAGCAGCAGCAGCAGCAAUGCAGCAGCAGCAGCAGCAACAAUGGACUGCCGUGUCGACGACGCCAGCAACAGGAGUGAUGAUGACGACGACGACGACACAAUCACAAGCAACAUUAGCACCACAACAACAGCAACAACCACUGCCACAACAACAAAUAAACAGAAAAACAACAGCAACCACCACAACAGCACCAACAACAACAACAGCAACAACACACAACAGCAACAGCAACAGCAACAUCAACUUCAACAGCAACAAUAACUAUAUGAAUAACAAUAAUAUUAACGCCAACACUGCCAGAGUCUCUGCCUCUGCCUUCGCCUCCGCCCCUGCCUCUGCAACAGCCACGCCCACUGCCAGAAUACCGCGCCAGCGGCCGAUCCCGCCCCCGGCCCCGCGCACACCCACAGCCACCUCAGCUUCUGUUACUGUAGUUGUGUUCAAAACAAUGUUACCUGAUGACUGAAUUAUUUUAGAAUCGUACACGUAGAGCAUGUUUUAUUAUGAUUACCACUAUGAUUACCACUUACGAAUUACAAUUACGAUUAUGAUUACGAUUAUGAAUAUGAGUAUGUCUGGAUAUCAUUACCUAUUAACUAUUCAUUAGUUAUGGCUUAUCGAUUAUUACUAUUAUUACUAUUACUAUUGCUACAUGCAUAAUGUAGAGCCUAAUUGAUCUAUCGUGUAUUUUAGUUUGUCUAAUUGUUGGAUCCCUGUACUAUAUCCCACACACACAUAAACACACACUCGCCCAUAUUUGAUCCUCACCCCCAAACACACACACACACACACACACACACACAUUAUCAUUACUAAGGAAGGAUAUGCAUAUGCAAAGUUGAAACAUUUUAAUCUUGUAAUCCUUUUGUGUUUUUUGCUGAAAGGAUAUGAACGAUAAGGAGGAAAAGCUGCAGCAAUUCGGAGUGUUAAAUGAAUAGGAUUAUGUAGAGAGUAUGUAGCGAGUAUGUAACGAGUAUGUAAUGAGUAUGUAAAGUUUACGUAGCCACAAUGCCACUUACAGCUAUAGCAAGCAUUUAGGAUGCGUGCAUAUGUCAGUUAUCUAUUUUUUUUUUUUAUUAAAAUCUAUAUAAUGUAACGAGGAAGGAGGAGAGCGAAGCAGGGCGGGAGAUUCAACCACAUAAAGUAUAAAUAGUAGAGUCCAAGUAGCUAGUUUAGUGUACAUCCGUUUUGGGGCAGAGGAGUAGAGCAAUUUUGUCACUGAGAGGGGGUGGUGGGGUGAGCGGAAACGUAAACGGAAACGGAAGUUGGGACAAAACGGAAACGGAAACGGAAAUGGAAGCGGAAACUGGACUGCCAGAUCGGAAUCACGCAUCAACCAUUAAGAAAACUUCGCUCGCAACUAUUGCAGAAUUAUACUGUUAGAUACUGUUAAUUAUCGAACCCAAAACCCCCAAAAACCCCCAAACCCCAACCCCGACCCCCACACACACACACACACACACUAUACCUAAGUUAAGAACGCAUAAUCACAUACUACACAUAAAUUACGCAUAGUACAUACAAGAAACAGAAAUAAGGAAAAGAAAAAAACAAAGAUAAGAAAUGAAACGAAAGGAUUAUUUUUUUUUUGUGUAAGCCCGAUUGCGCAAUUGUAUAUCGUAAUCGUGUUGUCGUCGCAACCCCAAACGCCUAUCGCCCAUGGCGGUAUUGAUGCCCGGAUUGUUAUCGAUAUCGUCGUACUACGUUUUAUUUUGUAAAUGUAUUAAUUUUGUUGAU